AAAAAUACUUUAUGUUUGUUGAUUUUGUUCGGGAAAAAAGUGUUGCUCAUAUUUCUUUAUUCAUUUAAUAAAAAUAAAAACGCAUUUCGAAAAUGAUAUUUCUUGAUCAUGAAUAAAACGACGAUUAAUAGUCUCAACGAUGAUUGUUUACGAAAAAUAUUUGAUUAUUUACCAAUAUCUAAACUCUUAGAAUUGGAAUCGAUUUCACUGAGAUGGAAACGUAUAAUUGAAUAUCGUAAUGAACGACAAAUAUCACUAAAAUUGUUUCGUAGUCGAAAUGAAAUUGCUGAAUAUGAACAGAAUAGCCAUAUUUACUAUCAAUUAAAAGCCUGUUUAUAUUUUCAUCAAACCAAUGAUUUCAUCCUAACAACUCAUUUAAAUUAUCUUUCUUGUCAAUUAAUACUGUCCAAAUAUCCUAAUCUUAGAAUGCUGAUGAUAUCCGGUUGUCAAUGGGAUCCAAAGGAUUUGAUCAUGUUGCUUAUAGAAUUGAAACAUCUCGAAUGUUUAGCAUUGGUUAUUUGUGGAUCUCCUUCAAAUGAUAAUUACAUCACAUCCAUAGUCAAAACCAUCAAGAUUUGUAAAUCAUUAGAUGUUUUACCAAAAUUAAAACAUUUUGCCAUAAGUUUGGCUGAUAAUACAAUUCCCAAUCCAUUCAAUAUUGGUUUCAUGCUACGUGUUUAUGAAUUACAUCUUCAUAAUGUCACUAUUGAUUAUAAUCUUUAUUAUUUUGAUAAAAUAUUAGAUAGCUGUAAAAAUAGUCAACUACAGCUGAAAAAUUUAACAAUUAACAAUGGAAAAAGUGUUUCAGCUAUGAAUGUAAAUGUAUGCAAAAAAUUAUCCUCAUCACUUGAACAGAUUACCGUCAAUUAUGAAGAUGAAAGUUUAUUUCCCAGUCAAUUGCAACUACUAUGUAAUCACUUUAACCUGUUGAAUUUUCUGGACAUUCAUCUCAAAUUUUGUAUAGAAUUGAAAUUUCUACAUUUGUCUCUAAGUAAAUUGCCACUUUUGAAAGAAUUUCGCUUACGAUCGGAUGAUAAUAAUUCCAUCUCAAAUGAUGAACAAUAUCAGGAUACGGAUGAAAUUUUGCGACCUCUCCAUUCAAUCGAAUCGAUAUGUUUUGAUGUGGAUUUUGAGACAUCAAUAUUCGCACUAUUACCUCAGAUUUUUCCUUUGGUGAAAUUUCUAACCAUUAAUACAUCCAGGUUGUGUUGUACAUGCCCAAUCGAACCUGAAAAUCCAACCUUACCCCCAAUCGCAGAACGAAAUCUUGUAAUCGAUUCGGGUAAUGCACAACAGCCAGUUCAGGCUAAUGAUGAUAAUAGAAAUCAGAAUCAAAACCCUGUACCACAACAAGAAGAACAGCAAGAGCAACAAGGAAUGAGUAGAAAAAUUACAGACGAUGACAUUGAAUUCGAAAUUGACAAUUGCAUUCAUUGUACGAAACGAAUGACUAUAAUUAUGAAUAAUUGGUCACUAAUGGAAAAAUUGGCUAUCACUGGAAGUCGUUGUAAAGAAGAAAGCCUGAUUGAAUUGAAAUCCAUGCCCAGAUUACGUUCAUUAUCGGUUGCUAAUUGUACAGAAAUUCAUCUUAGAACGUUACUUAGCGUUUGCUAUGAAAUAGCCAAAAAUCGUCCAUCUAUUUCAUUCAUUUUAAAAUUGAAUGAAAAAACAUUCAAAAAAAUAAUCAAACUCCCUCUAAAGCCGAUCAAUUUAUUCAUUUUCAAUGUUAGCCCUAUUCUGGAGCCGGAAUCAGAAUAUCCUAUGUUAUGGUGAUUGUUAUGUUUGAUAAUUGUCAUUAUUAAUUACAAAUGUUAAGUUUUUUAAUUAUUUAUAAUUGUUGUAUUGAACGAAAA